GUAAAUACGGUAACACAGAGCGUUUCCUCCAUGCGUGUGUUUGAGUCAAAGUAAUGUGAUUACAUUAUUAUCGCUGUUUAUCAGGAGGAAUUUAAAUUAAUUCUAAUAACGUUUAUUGACAUAUGGGCGAAAUAUCGUCACCGUGUUUUUGUGACUGACGCGCACAAAUAACUAAAUAACGUUUCCGGUCGUUUUUUAAAAUUCAUUGGUGGGAACUUCUGCAGAGAAGGGUGGUUGGUGGCUUCAACGCUGAGCGGCCAUGGAGUGUUUGGAGGAGAAACUCAAAGGUCUGUCCGUCGCCCGGCGCUCUCGUCCGGAGGAACCCACCUACCUGCUGCACGUCGCCCUGCAGCCCACUGGCCUGCUGGCGGUCGGCUGCUCCGACUUCUCCGUCCACCUGCACAACAGGGACACGCUCCACCUGGUGGGGGAGUACCGGGGACACGCCGGGCCGCUCUGCGGGGUCACCUCCGCCCACGGUUCCCCCGACCUCCUCUACUCCGCCUCCGCGGACGGGACAGUGCGAGGGUGGGACGUGCGCCGCCCCGGGACGGACGCGGUGCAGGUGUUCAAAAGCGACCCGUCACACAGCUACUGCAGCUUCGACCUGAGCUGCAGCGACGCGCUCCUAUGCGCAGGCACCGAGCAGGUGAACGGCGAGGACAGCUUCCUGGUUUUCUGGGACGCCCGGAAACCAGGCGGCGGGCUUCUGGGCGUGUACUCUGAGUCACACAGUGAUGACAUCACACAGGUGUGCUUCCACCCCCGAGACAAAGACCGCCUGGCUUCCGGCUCCACGGACGGCCUGGUCAACGUGUUCGACCUGAGCCGGGGAGCAGAGGAGGAGGCGCUGCUGGCCACCUGCAACAGCGACUCGUCCACCGGCUCUGUCUGCUGGUCUGGGGCGGACUACACCCAGCUGCUGUGCCUCAGCCACGACGAGGGGCUACACCUGUGGGAUCUGGGCCAGCUGGACACAGAGGAGCCCCUCACCGUCUUCAGCACCGCUGACGCCCGCAGCCUGACCCCGCUGGCGGACGGCGGUGGAGUGGACUACCUGGUCGGGGGCAAGUGGCUGGAAGAGGCGCGCACGCUGCUGGUGGUCGGAGGGAAGAGCAGCGGGGACCUCCACCUGAUGGGGUGCGACGCCGGGGGGCUACGAGUGCUGAGGAGUCUGGAGGGAGGCCACGCCUCCACGGUGCGCUGCUUCCUGUGGGACGCGGCGGUGGAGGCGCUGGUCACAGGGGGAGAGGACGCUCAGCUGUUGCUGUGGAAACCGGGAGGGGUGGAACUCACCACGGGCAAAAAAGAGUCAAUGAAGAGCGACUCGGCGUUGAGACUCAAAUCCAGACCGCAUCAGAAACACAAGUACCAGAAGGAGAAGAAGGUGAAGACCUGAAUGGAACACGGGACAUUUCAACAAGUCUGGAAAUCAUGAGACAGUUCUGAGUGUGUCGCGCUGCUGAAGUGACUCAGUGUGAAGACUUAAGUCUGCUUCAUGUUUAAAAUGGACACUAAUUUUCCCACAAUGCAAUGCACGGAGGAGGAACAGCAGGGUCAGGAUCACGGAUAUUAAAUAGGAAUUAGAAUUUCCAGAAGAAAAAAGACUAUAAUCAAUAAUCUCCACUCCACCAUUAUUCUGAAUAAUUAAAUAUUUACCAUUAAACUAAUAAUUAUAUAUAAAUAGAAAACACAUUAUUUAUUACCAAUGAAAACAAGAGAAAAUAUAUAUUUUUUUAAGACAAGAUUUUUUGAUUUAAUGACUUUUUAAAAAUCCAAAUUCAAAACCCCCUAAUAUCAAUACUGAUAUUGAUCCUUUUUUAUUGUUAACAGCAGCUGAUGAUGUUUCAGAAACAUGUCAUGAUUUAUGAUGUGACUAUUUUUUAACAAUCUUAAUUAAUAUAGCAGGUUUUUAAUGAUGCGCACACACACACACACACACACACACACACAUCCAUCAAUCAAUCAAUCAGGAGAACGAAGAGGAGUGUUUGUGGGAUGUGAUGUGAUGUGUCAUGGUUUUGAUAUUGAUCCUCCUCCUGGUGGCCGAUGAUAAUCCAGGCUGUAAAACACUCUUGUGCUGACGCUGAACUUUUUUCAUAUCCCUGUUUAUUGAUCUGCUCCUGCCCUACUACAUGGUUUUAAUUCUUACAUCAUGUCAGACUGACAGAUUGAACUGUUGAUUACAAACUGUGACCGGCUGGUGUGACGUCGCUGUUUGUCCGACGCCUUGCAUUGAAAUUAUGUUCGAAUAUGAAUUCAACACUUGAAAACUAAUAACUGAUUUUCACUUUAGGUUUUUCGGUGUAAAAAAUAUUUGGUGUAAAAAAAUUCUGUGUAAAAGAAAUUCAACAUAAAAUAAAUUGACGUAAAAAAGUUACGCGUAAAAGCAAUCGAUUAUAUGUGUAACAAUAUGUAGUUACCGGAAAAGUCAAGUGUAGUCGAACUUCUUGUCACGAAUAUUUAAUAUCCAGUGAAUCUUUAUGACUCAAGCUAAAUGUGGCUUCUGUCAGUGAAACAGCAAAGUGGCCACUUUUUAAUAUCUCCGAGGGAAACGGAUGAAUUCUUUUACAGCUGGGGGGAAAAAAAUUAUAAUCAAAGAUUUUUAAAAAUCACAGCAAAAAAAAGGAAGUAAAAAACGUGGCUUUCUAUGAAAACAGAGAAAUGUGAAUGAAUAUAUUCAGACGGUUCUAUUUUAUUUGUCGUAUAAAACUGUGACAAGAUUUCUAAGGUUUUCAUUUUUAAAUUAAAGUUUCUACAUGUUUGCCAAAAAUCAUCAUAGUAUUAUUAUUAUUAUUAUGAUGUGAUGAUGUUAGUAAUAUUUUUCCUUUUAAAGCUGAAUGGACUCAUUCCUUCCUAGAGCAGCUCUGAAAUGGCAACGAUUGGAAAAACAUGACGGACAGGGAGAGUGUGUGUGUGUGUGUGUGUGUGUGUGUGUGUGUGCGUCCGUGCGUGCUUAUGUUGAAGCAAACUCAAAAACAUAUUAAAAGACAUCCAAGACUCUCAUUGAUGCUUCUUGGUGAUUUAAGUGCAUAAUAUAUAAUUACAAAUUAGCGUAACAGUUUUCCCUUUUUCCUCCGACAGCGACGGACAUUAAAAUGUGGCGGAAAACGAAAGAAGUGAGGAAACUUACACUGUAUGUUGACGUCAUAAAGAUGUUGUGUUUAUUUGUUU